AUGACAAUGUUUUCAAACAAACAAACUGAAAAGUUCUCAUCUACUGAAAAAUCUGAUCAAACUCCAGCUCAUGUGAGAGACUCGUCCGACAUUCUCCAUGAACACAGCGUCGAUCCUUUACUGGGCCUUUCUUUCGACAGGGUCGAUCAACUGCAGAAAGAAUUCGGUCCUAACAGACUGAGACCUCCGCCCAAGCCAUCUUUACUAAAGAUAUUCGGUACGCAGCUCGGUAACGCUAUGACACUGGUUCUGAUAGCUGCAAUGGCUGUCUCUUUCGGUACACAAGACUGGAUCGAAGCAGGAGUUAUUGCUGCUCUCGUUAUUCUCAACGUCACUGUCGGAUUUACCCAGGAGUGGAAGGCUGAAAAGACAGUUGCUGCCCUAGAAAGCGUCGGAAGUCCUGUCGCUGUUGUUGUACGCCACGAUGCUUCAAACAAAGGUCGUGAAGGAAAAAUUAUCGAUGUUCAAACCGACGAAGUAGUUCCAGGUGACAUUAUGAUGGUUAAAAUCGGAGAUAUCAUUCCUGCUGAUGGGAGAGUUAUUGACAAUCACAUCUCCAACCUGGAAGUAGACGAAGCCUUGUUGACAGGUGAAUCACUACCAGUCUCUAAGCAAACUGAGACCCUCGAUGACAAAACAUGCCCGGUUGGUGAUCGUAUUAAUAUGGUUUUCUCCGGUAGUCAAGUGACAAAAGGCAGGGCUAGAUGCGUAGUCACCUCGAUAGGGAUGAAAACUGAGCUCGGUGCUAUAUCCGAGGCUUUGGCAACGAAAGCUGAUUCUAAGAAACGCGGCUGGAGAAGAUUUUGGGAGAAGACCCAAGUUUUCUUAGGUGUUAAAGGUACAACGCCACUUCAAAUCAAAUUGAAUAAGUUAGCUUAUUUACUACUGGUAUUAGCAAUCAUAUUCGCCAUCGUCGUCGUUAGUUCGACUGGAUACGUCGACAUCCCAGAUUCUACCGCAACUUACGCAGUCGCUACUGCUAUUUCUCUUUUACCUGCUUCGCUCAUUGCUGUAGUGUCGCUUACACUUGCAACAUCUUCGAGAGAGCUAGCUAAGAGGAAUGCAUUGGUUCGUAAGAUGGACGCUAUUGAAACCUUGGCAGGGGUAACGGAUAUCUGUUCAGACAAGACCGGUACAAUCACUGUUGGAAGAAUGGUUCUGAAGAAGGCCUGGGUACCUUCACGUUUUGAAGCACCGGAUACCAAAGUUGGACAAACCUAUGCCGUCGAAUCGGGUAAAGAUCCUUACUAUCCAAGAGGCACAAUACAAGCACAGGAUGAUAAUGACGACGACAAUGAAAGUGGUAUAUCAGAUAGCGAUGCCGUUCAUGUGAAUGAAUUGGAUUCUUCAUUCCAGGAACUCGUUCAAUCGGCUGCACUCAACAAUAUGGCAACAAUUUCAGCUAGUGACGAAGGAGGGGACUGGGAUGCUCAAGGAGAUCCAACGGAAAUCGCUUUACAAGUCUUCUCUCACAAGGCUGGCCACGGUAAACCUCACUUGACUCAUCCACCUAAACACAGAACAAAGAAGGAAGAUCAUCCUGCACCUAAAGCCGAUGUAGACGGUCACUUUGAGAUACUAAUCGAACAUCCCUUCGAUUCAUCUAUAAAGAGAAUGACUACCGCAUGGAAGUUGGUUGGUGCUCAGGGCGGUGACGACGAUGAUUCCAAGCAACAUAUUUUCAUUUACAUGAAGGGUGCAGUCGAGAGGGUGUUAGAAAGAUGUACACAUGUUUCAAUAGGUGAUAAAUCAAUAGAGAUGUCAGAGGAAGCCAAAGAUGACAUCAUCAAGAAGAUGGACCAAUUAGCAGCUGAGGGUUUGCGUGUUUUGGCUCUGGCUGGAAGAACAGACCGUCUUUCAAAUGCCCAGACUGUGAAGGAGACUAAAAGAGAUGAUGUAGAAAAUUGUUUCGGACUGUUAGGCUUAGUUGGUAUAUUUGAUCCGCCAAGACCUGAGUCUAAAGGGGCUGUCUACGAUUCAAGACGCGCUUCGAUAGUUGUGAGAAUGCUUACAGGUGAUCAUGCAGCAACAGCUGCAUCCAUCGCAAUGUCAGUGGGCAUUCUAGAUAAGAAUCACUCAAAAUCUGCUGUAAUGACUGGCCAGCAAUUUGAUGCAAUGACUGAUGAAGAGGUAGAUGCACUUGAAGAACUCCCCGUUGUGGUAGCGAGAUGUGCUCCUGAAACUAAGACUGGAUUCGUUGAUGCCUUACAUCGUCGCAAACGUUUAACUGUUAUGACCGGUGAUGGUGUGAACGAUUCACCUGCAUUGAAGAGAGCCGAUGUUGGAGUCGCAAUGGGACUUAAUGGCUCAGAUGUUGCAAAAGGUGCUGCCGAUAUCGUAUUGGCAGAUGAUAACUUCUCAACUUGUGUUCGUGCAGUCAGAAAGGGUAGAUCAGUUUUUACGAACUUAUCAAAGUUUCUGGUCUACUUGCUAGCUAGUAAUGUGUCUGAAGUCUUGGUUUUACUCGUUGGAUUAGCUGUUCGUUCUGAUGGCGAUGCUGUCUACCCUAUUUCACCAGUCGGUGCACUCGUAAUCAAUACUCUUACUAUUGGCCCAGUAGCUUUUGCUCUGGGUGUCGAGCCUACGGCAGAUGACACUAUGCUUCAACCACCUAGCAACUUCUUCACGAUAUUCACGCCUAGAUGGUUUAUGGAUUUAUUCGCCUUUGGAAUUAUGGCGGGUGCACUAUGUUUUGCUAAUUUCAUUAUUGUCAUCUAUGGAAGAAACGAUGGCAAUGAAGAUGUUUCUGCAAGUUGCAACGAAGGUGCUGUCAAUAGUGAAUGUGAAGUGAUAUAUAGGGCAAGAGCGGCAACAUAUGCCUCACUUUUGCUCAUGCUGAUGGUCCUAGCAUUCGAUUGCAAACAUAGUACUCGCAGCGUUUUCAAGAUGAAUCUACUAGACAACAAGCUUUUAAUUUGGUCAGUUGCUCUGCUUUCGCUCAGUGUCUUUCCAGUUAUCUACAUUCCCGUCAUUAAAGAUCGCGUUUUUCAAGUUACUGGUAUUGGCUGGGAAUGGGGUAUGAUUGCGGCAACAGUUUUGGUUUACUUUGGUUACUUAGAAGUCUACAAAGCUAUCAAGCGUUUGUAUGAGAGAAGACUGAUGAGAAAUAGUGACCUGGAAAAUUCAAAUGGGAAGGAAAUUCGAAUGGCACCAACGAUGGAGCCUAAUACUGUUUAA